AUGGCUUCGCGUGCUCUACAUAUCUACGAUUUACGCUCUUUGGCUACAUUCACUGAAGAAUCUGGCUCUGUCCCUCCACCCAACAAACUUGAUAUUGAGCCGUGGCAGCGUCGAGAGAGCAGUCUAAAAUUUAUGACUCGCGCAGUAGCCUGCAUGCCAAACGACGCGGGAUACGCAUCGUCUAGUAUUGAAGGGCGCGUGGCUGUGGAAUGGUUCGAUCCGUCCUCGGAAUCACAAGAUCGAAAAUACGCGUUUAAAUGUCAUCGACAGAAUGUUGACGGUGUGGAUGUUGUGUACCCUGUGAAUGCCCUGACAUUCCAUCCAACCUUUGGCACGUUCGCCUCUGGAGGUGGCGAUGGCGUGGUUGCGUUAUGGGAUGGCAUUGCGAAGCGAAGAAUUAGGCAAUACCAGAAAUACCCGAGUAGUGUGGCAGCCUUGUCGUUCAGUUCCAACGGGAAAUAUUUGGCGAUCGGGGUUAGACGGGCCGUUAGUUAUGUGUCAUUGGUGGGAUUCUGCCGUUGUGGGGCAACCAAAAUAAACUCAUUCGACAAGGACUCUAGAAGACCAUAUUGUGACAGUUGCCAAUGUCAACCACAUAUCAUCAGCAGCGUUAGGAGGUUAUCCGGGGCAGUUUCAGCAUACAUACUACUUACCAGCCAAAAUCUCUCCAUGACGCAGUCGUUCGCUUCCACGUUCGCCGGUCCUACUUCAAAAGAGAGGAAGUACGACCGUCAGCUCCGGUUAUGGGCGGCCAGCGGCCAACAGGCCCUCGAGGACUCCCGCGUUCUUUUAGUUAACUCGGAUGGCGCAGUAGGCUACGACGAUGAGUCUGUCACGGGAGUUGUGGGCGUGGAAACCCUCAAGAACCUGGUUCUGCCUGGAAUCGGUGGCUUCACGAUCGUUGAUCCGGCCAAAGUGAGGGAAAGCGACCUGGGCGUGAAUUUCUUCUUAAGUGAGGACAGUUUGGGGGGAUCAAGAGCAGAGGAGACUUGCAAAUACUUGAAGGAAUUGAAUCCGGAUGUUGAUGGCCUAUGGUCUUCGCAGCCAAUACUACAGAUACUGUCACAAAAUAGUGGCUUUUUGGUGUCCUACAGACUUGUUAUUGUCACGGGCCCAAUGAGACAAUCCACUCUUCAGGUCAUCUCUCAACAAACAGCCGAGCUUUCUAUCCCAUUAAUAUACGUCCACUCAGUCGGCUUCUAUUGCUCAUUCUCCCUUCAGCUACCUUCCGUAUUUCCCGUUGUCGAAACACAUCCAGACCCGGACUCGAUGCAAGACCUUCGGCUCACAAAACCCUGGCCAGAACUACUAGCUACUACAAAUCAAAUACAACGUCUCGAAGCUCUGGAUGAUCACCAGCAUGGGCAUGUCCCGUACUUGUUACUUCUACUUUACUAUCUCGAGGAGUGGAAGCGAAGUCAUGAUGGAAGAUAUCCGCAAAGUUAUAAAGAAAAAACUGAAUUUCGGGAAAUGGUUCGUCGUGGAGCUAGAACUAACAAUCCUGAGGGAGGUGAGGAGAACUUUGAUGAGGCUGCCGCUGCGGUAUUGAAGAGCGUCGGUCCUUGGUCAUUAAACCGCAACGUACGAGACUUGUUUGAGAUGGAUGACUGUUCCAACCUCAACGCGCAAUCAGAUAACUUCUGGGUCAUUUCACAUGCUAUUAAGACCUUUUAUAAAUGUCAUGACGUUUUACCGCUUCCUGGAACGCUUCCAGAUAUGAAGGCUCAAUCCUCGGAUUACAUAUCCCUUCAAAACCUAUACAAAACAAAGGCACGAAAAGACUUGGCCGAGGUUGUAUCCACUGUUCGGGCAAUCGAAACCCAGUUAGGUCCUGAUCGUGUUGUUUCGCCGAUUUCGGAAAAGGAAAUCGAAGUAUUUUGCAAAAAUGCUGCGCAUAUUAAAGUUGUUAAAGGGCGCAAACUUCCUUUCGUCGACUCAGACGCGCCGGACAAAGAAACGGUAAAAGCCAUUCGAAAUAACAUCGAAAACCCGGAGUCUUUGAUACCAAUAUUUCUUUCUCUUCGAGCCCUUGAUAUUCUUGUUACCGAAUAUCAGGAAAAGAGGCUGCACUCAACGUCCUCGUCGUCAUACCUUGACGAUCCCACGAACUGGCAACGAGCUAUGUAUAAGCUCAUGACCAGUAUUCAGGCCAACGAUUCGGACUGCUUGGAUGAUGAAGCUCAAGCAAACAUUCAAAAUACAGUUACGGAGACGCGCCGGGCUGGAGUUGGAGACCUUCACAAUAUUUCGGCGUUGGCGGGAGGAUUUGUCGCGCAAGAAGCACUAAAGGUGUUGACGAAACAAUAUGUGCCACUUGAUAAUACCUUUCUUUUUGAUGGAGUUAAGGGUCGCGGGGAAAUGUUUAGAUUGUGA